AUGUUCAGCUUUGUGGAUUCAAGGACUGUUCUGCUACUUGUAGCAUCCCAAGUUGUUUUACUAUCUCUGGUCAGAUGUCAGGAAGAGGACGACCAAGAGGAGGCAGGUGGCUGCAUCCAGGACGGCCAGCAAUAUAAUGAUAAGGAUGUGUGGAAGCCAGAGCCGUGUCGUAUCUGUGUGUGUGACAGCGGAGCGGUUCUGUGUGAUGAGAUAAUCUGCGAGGAGAUCAAAGAGUGUGCCAACCCUAUCAUCCCAUCUGGAGAGUGCUGUCCCAUCUGCCCUGCUGAUGCCAGUGCCCCCAUUGAGACGAUUGGUGCUAAGGGCCAGAAAGGCGAACCAGGAGAUAUUGCAGAUGUUGUAGGACCAAGAGGACCAUCAGGCCCUAUGGGCCCCUCAGGUGAGCAGGGACCACGUGGAGAAGCUGGCGCUAAGGGUGAUAAGGGAAAUUCUGGACCUAGAGGAAGAGAUGGUGAGCCUGGAACCCCUGGAAACCCCGGACCCGCUGGCCCAGCUGGACCACCUGGACCACCAGGGCUUGGAGGGAACUUUGCUGCUCAGAUGGCUGGAGGAUUUGAUGAGAAGUCCGGAGGCGCUCAGAUGGGUGUGAUGCAAGGACCAAUGGGUCCUAUGGGUCCUCGUGGUCCCCCCGGACCUAGUGGAUCUCCUGGACCACAGGGUUUCCAAGGUUCCCCUGGAGAGGCUGGAGAGCCUGGUCCAGCUGGACCAAUGGGACCUCGUGGACCAUCCGGACCUUCUGGAAAAUCAGGAAGUGAUGGUGAGGCUGGCAAACCUGGAAAGGCUGGUGAGCGUGGACCUGCUGGGCCUCAGGGAGCUCGUGGAUUCCCUGGAACUCCUGGACUUCCUGGAAUCAAAGGACACAGAGGUCAUCCUGGUCUGGAUGGAGCCAAGGGAGAGACUGGUGCUGCAGGAGCCAAGGGUGAGGGUGGUUCUUCCGGAGAGAAUGGUGCCCCUGGACCCAUGGGUCCACGUGGUCUGCCUGGUGAGAGGGGACGUCCUGGAGCUGCUGGAUCUGCAGGUGCCCGUGGAAAUGAUGGUCUGCCUGGUCCUGCUGGUCCACCUGGGCCUGUUGGUCCUGCUGGAGCCCCCGGUUUCCCAGGAUCCCCAGGAUCCAAGGGAGAAGCUGGUCCUACUGGAGCCCGUGGAGCAGAAGGUCAACAGGGACCCCGCGGAGAGGGUGGUACCCCAGGAUCUCCCGGACCCGCCGGAGCAUCGGGUAACCCCGGAACUGAUGGUAUCCCUGGAGCUAAAGGAUCUGCUGGUGGUUCUGGUAUUGCUGGAGCUCCUGGAUUCCCCGGCCCUCGUGGGCCCCCAGGACCACAGGGAGCAACAGGACCUCUUGGGCCCAAGGGACAGUCUGGAGACCCUGGUCUUCCUGGAUUCAAAGGUGAAGCUGGACCCAAAGGAGAGCUUGGCCCUGGUGGUCCUCAAGGUGCCCCUGGCCCUUCUGGUGAGGAAGGAAAGAGAGGAGCUAGAGGAGAGCCUGGAGCUGCUGGACCACUUGGACCUCCAGGAGAGAGAGGAGCUCCCGGUAACCGUGGUUUCCCAGGUCAGGAUGGUCUUGCUGGUGCUAAGGGUGCCCCUGGCGACCGUGGUGUUCCUGGUGCUUCUGGGCCUAAAGGUGGUACUGGAGACCCUGGACGCACAGGAGAGUCUGGCCUCCCUGGAGCCAGAGGUCUUACUGGCCGUCCCGGAGAUGCUGGUGCUCAAGGCAAAGUUGGACCCUCUGGUGCUGCUGGUGAGGAUGGUCGCCCCGGCCCACCUGGUCCUCAGGGAGCCCGUGGACAGCCUGGAGUGAUGGGAUUCCCUGGACCAAAGGGAGCCAAUGGUGAAUCUGGAAAGCCAGGAGAGAAGGGUCUUUUGGGUCGCACUGGUCUGAGAGGUCUGCCUGGAAAAGAUGGUGAGACUGGUUCUGCUGGACCUUCUGGCCCUGCUGGACCCGCUGGAGAGAGAGGAGAGCAAGGACAGCCCGGACCUUCUGGCUUCCAGGGUCUGCCUGGACCAUCUGGUUCCCCAGGAGAGGCUGGAAAACCUGGAGAUCAGGGUGUUCCUGGAGAGGGCGGAGUUCCUGGUGCUGUUGGACCAAGAGGUGAGCGUGGUUUCCCUGGUGAGAGGGGUGGUGCUGGAGCUCAGGGUCUUCAGGGACCCCGUGGACUUCCUGGAACACCUGGAACUGAUGGACCCAAGGGAGCUAUUGGACCAUCUGGUGGUGCUGGAUCCCAGGGACCCCCUGGCCUGCAGGGUAUGCCCGGAGAGAGAGGAACUGGUGGCAUCCCAGGAGCCAAGGGAGACAGAGGUGACGGCGGCACAAAGGGGCCUGAGGGAGCUCCUGGAAAGGACGGCUCUAGAGGUUUGACUGGCCCCAUCGGUCCUCCAGGCCCAUCUGGACCCAAUGGAGCCAAGGGUGAGACUGGACCCUCUGGACCUUCUGGCGCUCCUGGUACUCGUGGUGCUCCUGGUGACCGUGGUGAGGGUGGUCCUCCUGGGCCUGCUGGCUUUGCUGGACCUCCUGGUGCAGAUGGUCAGCCUGGAGCCAAGGGAGAGCUCGGUGAGGGUGGACAGAAGGGAGAAGGUGGUGCUCCUGGACCUCAGGGACCAUCUGGGGCUCCUGGACCUGUGGGACCCACUGGUGUAACUGGAACUAAAGGAGCACGUGGUGCUCAGGGAGCUCCUGGUGCCACAGGUUUCCCUGGUGCUGCUGGCAGAGUUGGAUCUCCUGGCCCCAAUGGUAACCCUGGCUCUUCUGGCCCUGCCGGUCCUGCUGGUAAAGAUGGACCAAAGGGUGUACGUGGUGACGCUGGACUCCCAGGAAGACAGGGAGAUGCUGGCCUUCGUGGACCUUCUGGUGCACCAGGAGAGAAGGGAGAGCCUGGAGAGGAUGGACCACCUGGUACUGAUGGGCCUUCAGGUCCACAGGGUCUGGCUGGAUCUCGUGGUAUUGUUGGUCUGCCUGGUCAGCGUGGAGAGAGAGGCUUCCCUGGUCUCCCUGGACCUUCUGGAGAGCCUGGCAAACAGGGAUCUUCUGGAAGUAGUGGCGACCGCGGACCUCCUGGACCUGUGGGACCCCCUGGACUUACUGGACCUUCUGGAGAGACUGGAAGAGAGGGUACCGCUGGAGCAGAUGGACCUCCUGGUAGGGAUGGAUCUACUGGAGUCAAGGGAGAGCGUGGUAACACUGGUCCUGCUGGCGCCCCUGGAUCUCCCGGUGCCCCUGGUUCUCCUGGACCCGUCGGACCUCUCGGCAAGCAGGGAGACAGAGGAGAGUCUGGUGCUCAAGGACCUGCAGGACCUCCUGGAUCUGGUGGCGCAAGAGGAAUGGCUGGACCUCAAGGACCACGUGGAGACAAGGGAGAGGCUGGUGAGGUUGGAGAGAGGGGACAGAAGGGUCACCGUGGAUUCACUGGUCUGCAGGGUCUUCCUGGACCUCCUGGCUCCUCUGGAGAUGCUGGAGCUUCUGGACCCGCAGGACCAAACGGUGCUAAGGGACCACCUGGACCAAGUGGACCUGCUGGCAAAGAUGGAUCUAAUGGACAACCUGGCCCACUUGGACCCCCUGGACCUCGUGGACGCUCUGGAGAGUCUGGUCCUGCUGGUCCUCCUGGUAACGCCGGACCCCCUGGUCCUCCUGGCCCUCCUGGUCCCGGCAUCGAUAUGUCUGCAUUUGCCGGUCUGGGUCAGACUGAGAAGUCCGGUGAUCCUCUCAGGUACAUGAGGGCUGAUGAGGCCUCCAGCUCCCUUAGGCAGCACGACGUUGAGGUUGAUUCUACACUCAAGUCCCUCAACAACCAGAUUGAGAACCUGCGCAGCCCUGAUGGCUCCCAGAAGAACCCUGCUCGCACCUGCAGAGACCUGAAACUGUGCCACCCUGAGUGGAAGAGUGGUGACUACUGGGUUGACCCCAACAUUGGCAGCACAGCUGAUGCCAUCAAGGUCUUCUGUAACAUGGAGACUGGAGAGACCUGCGUCUACCCAAGCAUCGCCAGCGUACCAAAGAAGAACUGGUGGACCAGCAAGAGCAAGGACCGCAAACAUGUCUGGUUCGGAGAGACCAUGAAUGGAGGAUUCCAUUUCGACUACGCUCAGGACGGCCCCGCUGCCAGCGCUGCCAGUGUCCAGCUGACCUUCUUGAGGCUUUUGUCCAAUGAAGCAUCCCAGAACCUCACUUACCACUGCAAGAACAGCAUUGCCUACAUGGAUCAGGCCACAGGCAACCUGAAGAAGGCUUUGCUGCUGCAGGGCUCCAAUGAUGUAGAGAUCCGCGCAGAGGGCAACAGCCGCUUCACAUACAGCGUGUUGGAGGAUGGCUGCAAGAAACACACAGGCCGGUGGGGCAAGACUGUCUUUGAGUACAAAACACAGAAAACCUCCCGUCUGCCAGUUGUGGACAUUGCUCCUAUGGAUAUCGGAGGAGCGGAUCAGGAGUUCGGAGUGGAUGUAGGCGCAGUCUGCUUCUUGUAA